AUGGCCCCCGUCGCAGUUGAGUCCCAGGUGCUUCCCACCACCAUCGAGAGCCUGAAGGACGGCAUCUCCUCCGUAACCGUCACCGAGUCGCGCAGCUCCUCCCCCGAGGCGCCCGAGUUCGACUUGAAGGCCUACAGCUCGUUCGACAACACGCCCUCGAUCGGAACCGAGUUCCGCGAGUUCGCCAAGGAUGGCAAGCCCGUCCUCGACAUCCGCACCGUGCUCGCCGACGACACCAAGCUGGCCGCGCUGGGCCGCCUGGUGUCUGAGCGUGGCGUCGUGUUCUUCCGCAACGCCCAGAUCACGCCCGAGGAGCAGCUUACGCUCGUCGACAAGCUCGGCAAGUUUGGCGGCAAGCCCGACACGUCGCGCCUGCACGUGCACCCGUGCACGCAGGAGGGCCAGGAGGAGCAGGAGGAGAUCACGAUCGUGAGCAACAAGUACGUCUUUGGGCGCUCGUUCAAGCGCAACGACAACGAUAUCCUCUCCCGGCGCCCUGGUGCCAAAGAGUGGCACUCGGACAUCACCUUCGAGCCCGUUCCGUCCGACUAUGCGUCGCUCGUGAUCCGCAAGCUCCCCGAGGUCGGCGGCGACACGCUCUGGGCCUCGGCGUACGAGGCGUACGACCGCCUCUCCCCCUCGUACCAGCGUCUCCUCGAGGGCCUCUCCGCACUCCACAAGGGCGACGGCUUCAUCUACCUCGCCAAACUCGCCGGCCUGCCUCUGCGCGAGGGCCGCGGAGCGCCCGAGAACGUCGGCCAGGACCUCGAGGCCAUCCAUCCCGUCGUCCGCACCAACCCUGUCACGGGCUGGAAGGGCCUGUUCGUGAACCAAAACUUCACCAAGCACCUCCUCGACACCGAGUCCGGCAAGCGCCUCCCCGAGGCCGAGAGCGAGGCCAUCCUCACCUACCUCUUCGCGCUCGUUGAGGGCAACCACGACCUCCAGGUCCGCUUCCGCUGGGAGAAGGACUCGCUCGCCAUCUGGGACAACAGGAGCACCUUCCACGCCGCCACCAGCGACAUCGACGGCGGCCUCCGCGAGGGCACCCGCUCCGUCUCCCUCGGCGAGAGGCCCUACUUUGACCCCAAGAGCCUUACCCGCCGCCAGGCGCUCAAGAAGGCUGCCGAGGAUCAGUAA